CUCCACAACUUGCUCAAAACGGACGUCUGCUACUUACGCUGAAAGGCCAAGCGGAUGAUGUUUCUAUGGUGAGACUGUUAAGGGCGGAGUGUAGGAUGAAUAUGACCCCCUCACUGACACAUGUUCUUGUGAUGGUUCUUGCUGUACAAGUGCAAGACGCAGCAGAAACAAGUACAUCCUGCCCUGAAGCUUCAUGCAUUGGUCAGGCCAUCAACAUCACCUGUGACAUCGCGGGGGUAUACGAGUCUAUAGGGUGGUCCCGGCCGGAUCAUAUUGAAGUGGUAACAUGCCUGCGGAAUCCUUAUAAAUGCUAUGUAAACAUUAAGAAUUAUGAGGUGGUGUUACGCUCUGAUGAAAAACACAUACUUCGCAUCAAGAACUUCACGACACUUGAUUCAGGUACCUGGAUUUGUCGUGAUGGCACAAACCCACUCAGGAAGACUUGUCACGUGACUAAAUAUGAGGACCUAGGGGAUGCUGUAUCAGGACUCAAAGUUAACUGUGAACCACUUCUAGCUGAUACGUUUCGUGUUGCGGACGUAUGUACUGGAUUAAGCGCAGACCCACGUGUUAACGUCACGUUGAAAAUCUACGAAGCUGAACAUACAUAUGAUGAGUUGGCUGGCGAUGUUUCAAUUCCAGUAAACGAUGUAGCCCAAAAUUUCACUGUAACAUGUUCUGUGAUUGGUCCGGGAACAAACUGCCUUGACCUACACCAACGACAACAGACAGCAAUAUGUUCACGCCCUGGUAAACCUGCAUUUAUGCCUGACAUCAGUUCGACUGCAUGUGAAGAGGAACCCACGUUGGGUGGUGGAGUGGUCAUCGCUGUUGGUGUGAUGCUGGCUGUUAGAGUCCUGUGAAUUAGUUUGGCAUACCACUUCAGAUUGAAGAUCAGAUGACUUGAUUAACAACAGCGUAAGAAUCAACACUACUCCUUGUACUAGAGACAAUAAAGUCUCUUUAAAAAUA